AUGUCAGCGCCCUUCCUCUUCUUCGCCUGCCUCCUAGCAGUCUGCCUCCCAAUCAUCUCGGUACAGCUCCCCCGCCACCUGCUCCUUAAGAAGCCGCGCUCAACCAAGCCUCCAGAAGCACGACCCGCGAUCCUUCGAUUCAGAGCGCUACGAGAGACCACGACGCCAGUACGUGCGCGAUCGCGCUUCGGAGCGGACGCGAGUGAGGAUCAGGGAGCCGCGACGAGCGAACCGAUGAGUACGGUGACGAGGAAGCCGUGGGAGAGGCCGUUUCCUGUGCAGAAAGAAGGGGAGGGGAGUGUUUUACCGGGAAGUUUGACGCCUAGAAGGAAGACGGGUAGGGAGUUGGAGGAGAAGGGGGGCGCGAGACGAUUGUUCCCCGCGGAUAUACCUGCAACAGAGAAGGAGACUGGAGAGAUGCCGGUGGAAGCUGCGUUUAUGUCGCCUAAUGCGCCUCCGGUGCAGUCUGUUCUGUCAUCUGUGUCGAAGAAGAAGAAUCCACAAGCGGGCAUGUCAGUAUUGAAGAUUGGCAUUGCUGCGAUGGCUUUUGUAUUGUUUGUAUUUGGCUUUGCGAUAUUGAUUGCGCAUUGUUUGGCGUGGUUCAUCGUGUACAAAACGGAGGUCAGGUUGGGAGAGGCAAAGACAGGGGUGCUAAAGGGAGGGGAGAUGAGGAUGUGUUUGUGCGCGCGUUGA